UGAGAAUGUCAACUCCUAAAGACAUAUCGAGCUCUUCCAUCAUGCACGUGGAAUUUACGUUAAACGACAGUGACAGGAUGACCAGUUUCGUGGUCUACAGUAGCGCCCAUUCCAGUCUCAAAUGGAAAAAGAUGUGCGUGCGGAGCUACGAAAUGGAAAUCAUGAAACAACUCCGUGGAAGCCACAUGACACAGACGAAGAAAACUGCCCUGACUCGUGCGAUGACUUAUUAUCCAGCCUAUCCGGGGACAAGUCGUCGAACAAUUAUGAAAGACAGCUUCGAGACAUUCGGUAACGAUUACGAGCAGGAUGUGGAAUCCGACUUUGAAAUAGAAUCGACAUACCUUUUCAAGGAUCCUCCUCCCGAAUCUAAGUUUAAGCUUGAGCAAUUAGCAGUAUCAUCCGAGGUGGAUGAAAAACUCAAAGACAGAAUCUCAUCGUUGAAAUCGGGGAAGACAGCGAGUCGUAUAAAUUUCUCAACGCCUGAACGUCUCAGAUUAACCGCGACAAUGCCCGAGCUGCGGAGCUUGAGCCCAAGUUUGAACAAGUUAAAGUUGUCAUGCUCUUCAUCAUCGCAAAAUGACUCGAUAAGCGUACCAGUAUGCUGGAAUAAAGUGCGCUUUUUGAAACUUGGUAAAGUUUCAAAAGCUUUUCGUGGUCAAUUACCUUUUUUACAUAUUGGCUCUGCCAUAUUACGUACGCGCAAACAUGGAACUCAAGGAUGA